AUGCCGCCUGUACGCUCGGCUGUCCAACAGGCUAUUGUUGUGCCUCGUACGGCCGGUAAAUGCGGAAGAUGUGGUCAGCCGGCUGUAGUUGACUAUAAUGCUGGUCGAUGUCUGUCAACUGGAUGUCCAGCUGGAAUGUGUUGCUCCAGAUACGGAUACUGCGGUAGUACAGCUGCCUAUUGUGGCAGCUACGGUUGGCAAGGCUACGGCAAUUGUGCCUCUACUGGAUGUGGGUCUAGUCUUUGCUGUACUGGUUAUGGAUACUGUGGAACUUCAUACUGUCGAUGGUUUGGAAAAUCAUCAUCCGAAAUCAGUGUCCCGUCGCUUGAUGGUGUUGUUCAUGCUGGUCGGGCUAAAUUGUAUACGAUUACCGAUGACUAUCUUUAUACAGCAUGUGGCUUUAAUUCAACGACAAAUGAUGACGCAGUUGCUUCGUUGAACUAUGCACAAUUCGAUCCAUUUACAGUAAACGGUAUAGGAAGUACGAACCCAUCGUGUAAUAGAAAAGCACUAGUAACAGGUCCGAGUGGAAAACAAGUUACCGUUACAAUUGUUGACAGAUGUCCAUCAGAGGCUGAUUGUGGCAAAGGUGACCUUGGUUUGGCAUUAGCGGCUUUCAAAACUGUGACAGAUGAUAAUAUUGAGGACAGUGAUGAGCCAGUCCCAAUCGAAUGGAAGUUCAUUUAA